AUGUCGCUGGUGAAAGAUGGAACACCUGAAGCUAAAGAGAACGUUGGACAUCGAACGAAAUUUAAGGAUGUUCACAUAUUUUGGCAACAAAUUGAGAAUGAAACGUCGAUUGAUAAUGCUGAGACGGAAGUAGCUUGCAAGUUCAUACGCAGAUCUACUAAAGUCAUUGAUGUAGCGCUUACCAAUGUCGAAGAGAGGAUGAAACAAAAUCGGAAGCAUGCAGAUAAGGAGGGAGAAUGCUCUAUGAGAAAACUCGGAGAUAUUGCACCUGUUGAUUAUAACAAUUUGAGUGAAACUUACUUUUCUGAUUCGGAUCAUGAGUCGGAUAAAAGAAAACAGAGCGAAUUGGAUGAUGGAAGUGAUUAUGAAACAAGUAACAGCCCUACUUCCUCCGAUUCAAAUAAUCAGCAAAAAAAGCGGAAGAUCAAUAAAGGAAAACAACCAAAAUCAAAAAUAAGAAUGAAACGUGAUAACAGAAGUGCCAGUUCCUUAAAUUCUAUAUCAAACAAUGUAACAAUAUCACAAGAUUCAUCAAAUCAAGAACAAUUACCGACUGUGAUAGUUACAAACCCUACCACCCGAAUUACAAGAACUCCAUCACCAAGGCCUAAUAUUGAUAAUGCUAAUAUACAAAUUACUCCUCAAAAGUCAGUGCUUUUUAAGGAUUCCGUAACUUAUCUACAAAACCAUAUAAAAAUGAAUGUAAAUAAUCAAGGAAUGAUCAUAAAAGAUAAUCGUGCACCAAAUGCAUCAGUAGAUAUUUCUAAUAUAAUUCGCAAUUGGCUUGUAAAAAUCUUAUCAUCAACAAAAGAAGAGUUUAAAAAAGCCAUUAUGACACCUUUAACCUCUGAAGCAAGUCAAAAGGAUAAAAAAUUUCGAGAAAUUUGUGAAUUCAUUUUAUAUGAUUUUUAUUUUACAACAAAAGGAGGUCCCUUAAAACGAAAUGUUGGUGAACGUACGUAUAUAGUAGAAAGAAUAGUUCCCAUAUUUAAAGCAAUACAGUCGAUAUACGAAGAAAUUAAGUUUCAUUGGAUAGAGAUUGAAUUAAACUGUAUGAAAGAGAUAAAAAAACUACAUCCGGAUUUUAAUUUGACUAUAAAUCAGGCUGAUGGUCUAGGAAUAAGAAAUUCAAGCAACAAGGCAAUUCUUUUUAUUGAGGUUUCGGGUGGACCUGAAAGUUCAGAUCUAAAACACGCAAAGGAAGAUAGCGAAAAGCUUCUUAAAGAAGCCAUAUUUGGACUUGUUUCCAUACUACGAAAUCACAUGGAUAAGAGUGCAGAAGAGUCAAAACAUUUAUACACGUUUAUGAUACAAAGCAUUGGUGACCGGAUAACAUUUAGUAAACUAUGUCUUGCAAAUAAGCAUAUUUACUCAGUUUUGCAGAUCAAAUCUGCAAUAUUACCAUUCGAAUUCAAUGAUGUAGCAGAUUAUUUGGAGGUUUUUGAACUUCUUCACAUUCUAGUGAGUGAACUAGAAAUUCAAAUGGGAGUGAUAAAUAAAUUAAAGUUAUCCGAAUCAGUCAAUGGUACCAAUGUACCAAAAAUUCGGGACUGGAUUUGGGUUCCGGAUUCAGUUUCUGCAUGGGAAUGUAAAGAAAAUUGA